AUGCUUGCCUCCGCCAACGGCGGCGCCGUGCCCGCCAGCUUGCGCCAGUAUGAGCGGCGGUUCCCCGAAGACGCGGUGACGUGCGCCAACAUCGACACGUAUUUGCAGCUCCGGCGCCACGACGGCCGCGCCAACAACGUGGUGGCCGGAGUGUUCUACGAAAACGCCGCCGUGCGGGGCGCCCUGCAGUUCCUCGACGUGCUUCUUGCAGACCCCCUUGCGGGCGGCAGCGAGGCCUGGCACCGGCAAGUCCAGGCGCGGCCGCUCACGCAAAACACCAUAUUCACCCACAAAAACAGCGCCUUGCCGCUGGUGCUCCCCACCGCAUUUGCCCGCCAGCUGCACGCCGUGUGCGUAGGCCUGCCGGUGCUCGACGCCGACACGCGGCCGCGUUUCCCGGGCGCGUUGCCGCCGCUGCCGGCCGCGCCCAACUACCUCCAGCUCAUCGAGAUCAACAAGCCGCAGGACGUGGACAGCCUCGCGGACGUGUGCUCGUUCUUCAUCCACGUGACCGCGGACUUGGCCGGCGCCCCGGACCGCUGGCCGCGCCACGUGCGCCACAAGGUGCUCCUCACGGUGGUCGACAGCGACGAGUACACGCCGCGCUCGCUCGAAACGACGCCCGUGGCGUUCUGUGCAGCGCCGGACGGCGCCCGCCACGUGAUCAAGGUCAACAGCCGCGUGCUUGCGGCCGGCAUCGACGCCUUCUACCGCUGGGACACCCGGGCCGCGUCGCAGUACUUCGAGAGCGUGCAGGCCAGCAACGUGCUCGAGACCGCCAAGUUCCUCCUGUGGCACGUGCGCACGGAGAACGUGCGGGCAUGGACGCUUCUGCUCAUCCGCCGGGACAUCGCGGCCGGCCUGCUCUCGGAGUCCCAGCUCCGCCAGGCGUACGACGACUUGCGGCUCCACGACUUGGUGCAGGGCAGCCGCCACAUGCACGCGGAACUCCAGACGGUCCUCGCGCCGCAGACACGCGCCUUCUUCCGCAACAAGCUCCCCUGGUACAUGCUCUACCUCCAGAACGACAACGUCGAGUACACCGUCAAGGACUUCUUCAGCGCGCACUUCAUGAGCAGGAGCAUCGACAGCUACAGCUAUCUCCGUGGCCAGCUCGUUGCCCGCCUCCAGGAACACAAGUACGCCCACUACUCGGAGAAGGACCGCCUGCGGGUGCACAACCCGCUCCAGCAAUACAAGGCCGACCUCAUCAACACGCGUGUGCCCCAGGAGAUCCAGCGGGCCGUGUACUCGGCGCUCGUGUCCGCCUUCGUCUACUACCAGCUCCCGCUCUCGGCGCUCGCGCUCGCGGGAUACAUGUGGGUCGGCGUCGAGUCGCAGACGGCUGUCGCCAUCGCCGCGUUGGGCUGGGUCGUGGGCUUCAACCACGUGUCGAAGGCCUGGCAUGACUUCACGGCCACCUGGCUCAAACGGCUCUUCGAGGACGUCAGGUUGGUCAUUUCCCGGGACUGCAUGGAGGACGGCCUUUUGAAAGAGCUCAAUGCCAACUUCGAGGGCGCCAAGGAGGUGGCGGCCGUCAAGCAGCAGGUGCUCGCGGACUUGGAGGCGGUCUCUCCGCCCCGAGACUAA